AUGGGCAAAAUGGGAGAUCCGCUCCAGUUAAAAGACGAGGGAAACAAGCACUUCCAAGCAGGACAAACUGAUCAGGCCAUUGAGUGCUACACUAAAGCCAUCAAGGUGUGCAAGGACAAGAAUGUGCUGGCUGUCAUUUACAGGAACAGAUCUGCAUGCUACUUGAAAAAGGAAAAGUAUACCAAUGCAGCUUCAGAUGCAUCUAAAGCUAUUGAUGUUGAUGCAUCAGAUAUUAAAGCCUUGUACCGGCGCUGUCAGGCUCUGGAGAAGCUAGGAAAACUAGACAUGGCGUUCAAGGAUGUGCAGAGAUGUGCCACCCUCGAACCAAAGAAUAAGACCUUCCUGGACACUCUGCGCAGGCUUGGGGCAGACAUCCAGGCUAAGCUCAAAACAACAUUCUCCACAGACUCCAGGGUGCAGAACAUGUUUGACAUCCUACUCGAUGAAGAAAUGGACAAAGAUAAGAGGGAAAAAGCUGCGAACAACCUGAUUGUCCUGGCCAGAGAGGACGCAGGAGCAGAGAGAAUCUUCCAGAACAAUGGAGUGGCUCUGCUACUCAACAUGAUAGAGACGGGCAAACCAGAGAUGAUCCUGGCUGCUAUCCGGACCUUGUCAGGAAUGUGCACAGGACACAAGGCUCGAGCAAUGGCCAUCAUUCACAUGGUGGGCAUUGAUAAGAUAUGCAGCAUCAUGGCUGUGGACAAUGAAGAGAUUUCCCUGGCAACAUGCAACCUCUUCCAGUGCAUCAACGACUCCCUCACUGGUGGAGACAAAAGGAUUUAUGGGAAAGAGGAGGCUUUGGUUAUGGAUGCAUCCAAGGACCUGAAGACCAUUCUGCUCUCGCUGCUGGAAAUGGUUGGGAGCAAGAAGGUGUCUGGCCACGGCAGAGACCAGGCCCUGAACCUCCUGACCAAGAAUGUGCCUCGCAAAGAAAAGAAAGAAGCAGACCACUCCAGGACCCUCUUCACUAUUGACAAUGGCCUUAGGAAGAUCCUGAAGGUGUGCGGUCAAGUUCCUGAACUGCCGGACCAGCUGCCCAUGACAGAAAACACACAGCUGAUUGCCAGUGUGCUCCUCAACAAGCUCUAUGAUGACCUCAAAUGUGACCCGGAAAGAGACAACUUCAGGGACAUUUGCGAUGACUAUAUUAAAUCCAAGUUUGACCCGAAUGACAUGGACAAAAACAUUCAUGCUAUCAACACGCUAUCAGGGCUGCUGCAGGGUCCCUUUGACGUCGGCAAUGCCCUGGCCGGACGGCAAGGUGUCAUGGAGAUGAUGGUGGCGCUGUGUGCCUCAGAGCGUGAGGUGGACCAGAUGGUUGCCGUAGAGGCGCUGAUCCAUGCCUCGACAAAGCUGAGCCGUGCCUCCUUCAUCAUAACCAAUGGUGUGUCACUGCUCAAAGACAUCUACAAGAAGACCAAGAAUGAGAAGAUUAAGAUACGCUCGCUAGUGGGUCUUUGUAAACUGGGUUCAGCCGGUGGUGAUGAUUACAGUUUGCGUCAGUUUGCAGAAGGCUCCACAGAGAAGCUGGCCAAGCAGUGCAGGAAGUGGCUUUGCAACCCCCAGAUUGACACCAGAACAAGGAAGUGGGCUAUUGAAGGUCUGGCUUAUCUGACAAAUGAUGCAGAUGUUAAGGAUGACUUUGUUGAAGACGAGCUUGCCAUGAAAGCCAUGUUUGAACUGGCCAAGUCUAAAGACAAGACCAUCUUGUAUGCAGUGGCUUGCACCCUGAUAAACUGUACCAACAGCUAUGACAAAAAAGAAAUCAUUCCUGAGCUUGUUGAGCUGGCCAAGUUCUCUAAGCAGCAUGUGCCUGAGCAACACCCCAAGGACAAGAAAGACUUUAUUGACAAGAGAGUGAAAAGGCUGCUGAAGGCUGGGGUCACAUCAGCUCUUACUGUCAUGGUCAAAGCGGACAACGCCAUCCUGACUGACCAGACCAAAGAGCUGCUUGCAAGGGUUUUCUUGGCAUUGUCAGAGGAUGCUAAAGAUCGUGGAAUUAUCGUGGCCCAAGGUGGUGGAAAGGCUUUGAUACCACUGGCUCUGGAGGGAACAAAUGCAGGGAAGGUAAAAGCAGGCCACGCCCUUGCAAAGAUUGCCUCAAUCUCAAACCCAGAGAUCGCCUUCCCUGGUGAAAGGGUAUAUGAAGUGGUGCGUCCUUUGGUCAACUUGCUGAACACAGAGAGAGAUGGCAUUCAGAACUAUGAAGCUCUGAAAGCCCUUACCAACCUGGCUGCUUACAGCGAUAAACUGAGAGUAAAGAUUGUGAAAGAGAAGGCCCUGCCGGAAAUUGAGAAUUACAUGUUUGAAGAACACGACCAGAUCAGACAGGCUGCCACCGAAUGCAUGUGCAACCUUGUGACAUGCAAAGAGGUCCAAGAACGUUAUAUGGAGGAUGGCAAUGACAAGCUGAAGCUGCUGGUGCUCCUUUGUGGCGAGGAUGACGACGAGCUUCAGAUAGCUUCGGCUGGAGCUUUGGCUAUGCUCACUGCUGCCCAGAAGAAGCUCUGCACCAAGAUGACCAUGGUGACUACCCAGUGGCUGGAGAUCCUGCAGAGGCUGUGUCUGCACGACAACCCGCACAUCCAGCACCGCGGCCUUGUGAUUGUCUUCAACAUGCUUAAUUCGGAUGACAAUGAGCUGGCCAAGAAGCUGAUUGAGUGUGAGAUGCUGGAAAUCCUCACAGUGAUCGGCAAGGCAGAGGACAAUCCCAAGAGGCAGCAGGUCAUCGAUGUGGCACGCACAUGCCUCGUCAAGGCCAUGGAUCUUGGUCUCAUCAAGCCUUUCACCAGCAACUCUUAAAAUGGUGGCAAUAAGCUUCC